AUGGACGUACGUUCUCUUGUGAUGGAAGAAGAAGUUCUUGAAUUUUGCAUUGAGUAUGCAGGACAAGCUCUUUUUCUCUACAAACUGGUUGAAGAUAUCUUUGGUGUUAGAGCUUUGACUGUAUGUAAUUACUUCCUUCAGGUUGUUCCCACCGGAGGUUGCCUACUCCGAAUGCCACGUAGCUUGAAUGUGAGGAGUUUGACAAUAAAGACAUCUUUGGAACAAGAUGAGCUUUUAGGAAUUACGAGUAUGAGUUACCUGUCUACUUUAACCUUGAGAGGUUCUGGGUUGAUCAUGCAAGGGCUUAUACAUGCAUCGUAUAUUCUUAGGGAGGUGGAGAUUAAGGACUUUAAAGGAUCAAACAAUGAGAUUAGUAUGCUUACCUAUUUCAUUACUACUGGUAGAGCCUUGAGAAAAAUUACUAUCAACAUAUCAAAGGAUGAUGUUGUAGAUCAAGAUGGGAGGUUGGAUUCUUACUACCGUAGCAUGACAGAAAUGUUAAGUUUGAAUAUUGGCUGGGCAUUGCCGAUUGCUCAUGGACCUUGUCUUGGCAUUGCUCAUCAACUAAAAUUAGGUAGUUUCUCAAACAGUAGAGACUGA